AUGAGAGAGGUGACAGGAACUCCGCCGUCAUGACAACAAUCCGAUUACAUUGAGACACUUAUCUGUGCAGGCUAUUUAUGCGCAUACCAGCAGUGCUUAGGAGCAAGACCCACUUAGAAGAACCGUCGCAUGCACUGAACAAGGGGUAUUUAUUUGUAUUUUUAUACUAAUUGUAAUAGAACUAAAGAGAAAGUGAGCAACAUUGCAACUUUUCUUUGAGCUAGCCUACCUAUGUAUGGAGGAAUUAUCUGUGGACAUUUAGGCUAUCAAGUGGAGGACACUACGUGCAAGAAAAGGGGCUGAUGAAGGUAACCUACAUGGUGUAAAGAUGGAUACUAGUCCUACAAGAAGUAUUGAUGGACAGACAUGUGUGGGGGAGAGCCCUGCCCGCAAUGGGGAGUCCAGGCACCGAGGCAGCACCAGGGGCAGCUUCCACGCAGUUGCCACAUGGAGCUCAUCCUCCCAGUCCUCCCAAAAGGAAGAUCUAGGGAGCAAUGUUAGUAAGAGACUUAAUUAUAUCGUCAACUCCCAAUACAAUGACCAUCACAGCACCACAGCAGAUCCCAAGGGCCAACUGUGGGUGUCAGCAGAACCUGACACAACCACCACCAAUACCGCCACUACCACAUUCUCCAAGGGAGCAGAAGUCAUCACUUCUACUCAGGCCUCAGAGACGGAGGAGAAUGACCAUGUGGACCAGUCCACCUACUUUCAGAGGCAGUUUGGGGCGCUGCUCCAGCCAGGGGUCAACAAGUUCUCCCUGCGCAUGUUUGGUAGUCACAAGGGCGUGGCAGCGGAGCAGGCCAGGGUCAAAUCCUUUGGAGUGUGGAUCAUCCACCCCUACAGUGACUUCAGGUUCUAUUGGGACAUUGUGAUGCUACUCCUGAUGAUGUGCAACCUGGUCAUCCUCCCCUGGGGCAUCACCUUCUUUGAAGACCAGAAAACUUUGCCCUGGAUCUCGUUCAACGUCAUCUCUGACACCUGCUUCCUGGUCGACCUGGUCCUCAACUUCCGCACGGGCGUCCUAGAGGGAGACGACCAGAUCAUCCUGGACCCCAAGGUGAUCCGUAUGCGUUACCUGAAGACUUGGUUUGUGGUGGACUUCAUCUCCUCCAUCCCAAUGGACUACAUCUUCCUGAUAGUGGACCUGGAGGCCCAGAUGGAGGCUUCGGAUGUGUACCGCACGGCCCGUGCUCUCCGUAUCGUCCGCUUCACCAAGAUCCUCAGCCUGCUGCGCCUCCUGAGACUGUCCCGCUUCAUCCGCUACAUCCAUCAGUGGGAGGAGAUAUUCCACAUGACCUAUGACCUGGCCAGUGCUGUUGUGCGUAUAGUAAACCUGAUUGGUAUGAUGCUACUGCUGUGCCAUUGGGACGGCUGCAUGCAAUUCAUGGUGCCCAUGUUGCAGGAUUUCCCACCAGAUUGCUGGGUUACCAAGAACAACAUGGUGAAUUCCACAUGGCAUUUACAGUACUCAUAUGCCUUGUUCAUGGCAAUGAGUCACAUGUUGUGUAUAGGAUAUGGUGCCCAGGCUCCCGAGGGCAUGACGGACGUAUGGCUGACUAUCAUGAGUAUGAUUGUGGGUGCCACCUGCUAUGCCAUGUUUCUGGGCCAUGCCGCCAACCUGGUUCAGUCCAUAGACGCCUCCCGACGACAGUAUCAAGAUAAGUAUAAGCAGGUGGAGCAGUACAUGUCGUUCCAUAAGCUGCCGGCGGACGUGAGGCAGAGGAUCCAUGAGUACUAUGAGAUUCGCUUCCAGGGCAAGAUGUUUGACGAAGACAGUAUUCUGGGAGAACUCAGCGACCCGCUCAAGGAGGAAAUUGUGAGCUUCAACUGCCGUGGGUUGGUAGCCAACAUGCCACUGUUUGCCAAUACAGAUCCUCAUUUUGUAACGGUGAUUUUGACCAAGCUGCGCUUUGAGGUCUUUCAGCCUAAUGACUUCAUCAUACGGGAGGGAACACUGGGGCGGAAGAUGUACUUUGUCCAACACGGCUGUGUUACCGUGCUCCCCCGCGGAAAAAAAGAGAUACAGCUUAGCGAUGGAGCCUACUUUGGGGAGAUCUGCCUGCUGACCCGUGGACGUCGGACGGCAAGCGUGAGAGCUGAUACGUACUGCCGCCUCUACUCCCUGAGUGUGGACAGCUUCAACGAGGUCCUGGAGGAGCACCCGCUGAUGAGGAGGGCCUUUGAGAGCGUGGCUGUGGACCGUCUGGACCGGGUACAGGGGCGAGAACCCUUCAUGAGCUUCUCCACAGACUGACUGACACUUAUGGGCUCAUAGAGGAGAGUUGACACAGGCAGCACAGUGGAAACCUAUGUGACAAGAUGGAGGGCAUUCAACUGAUAAAAAUCUGACAGUCAAUGGACAUGUUGCUCUUGUUUUUAGUUUGGGAACCUACUUAUAGAAAGUUAUGUUUAUUAAGAAGCAUAUUACAAUGGAAACAAGUGUAUAAACAUAUCAAUGAGCUUCCCUUUUUAACAGAUAAAAUAACAGUAAUGUACAUCAAAACAAAAUAUUAAAUACAAAUUAAUAGUACCCCCCUCUUCACACCCAGUCCCCCACAUACAGUGCAUUUGGAGAGUAUUUAGAAUUUGAAUUUUUCCACAUUUUGUUACAUUACAGCCUUAUUCUAAAAUUGAUUAAAUAGGUUUUUUCCUCAUCAAUCUACACACAAUACCGCAUAAUGACAAAGAAAAAACAGGGUAUUCAGUCCCUAUACUCAGAAAUUUGUUGAAGCACCUUUGGCAGCGAUUACAGCCUCAAGUCUUCUUGGGUAUGACGCUACAAGCUUGGCACACUAGAAUUUGGGGAAUUUCUAACAUUCUUCUCUGCAGAUCCUCUCAAGCUCUGUCUGGUUGGAUGGGGACCAUCUCUGCACAGCUAUUUUCAGGUCUCUCGAAAUAUCUUCAAUCGGAUUCAAGUCCGGGCUCUGGCUGGGCCACUCGACGAAAUUCAGAGACUUUUCCCAAAGCCACUCCUGCAUUGUCUUGGCUGUGUGCUUAGGGUUGUUGUCCUGUUGGAAGGUGAAGAUUUGCCCGUCUGAAGUCCUCAGCGUUCUGGAGCAGGAUCUCUCUGUACUUUGCUCCAUUCAUCUUCCCCUCGAUCCUGACUAGACUCCCAGUCCCUGCCACUGAAAAACAUCCCCACAGCAUGAUGCUGCCACCACCAUGCUUCACUGUAGGGAUGGUGCCAGAUUUCCUCCAGAUGUGAUGCUUAGCAUUCAGGCCAAAGAGUUCAAUCUUGGUUUCAUCAGACCAGAGAAUCUUGUUUCUCAUUGUCUGAGAGUCUUUAGGUGCCUUUUGGCAAACUCCAAGCGGGCUGUCAUGUGCCAUUUACUUAGGAGUGACGUCUGUCUGGCCUGAUUGGUGGAGUGCUGCAGAGAUGGUUGUCCUUCUGGAAGGUUCACCCAUCUCCACAGAGGAACUCUGGAGCUCUGUCAGAGUGAUCAUUGGGUUCUUGGUUACCUCCCUGACCAAGGCCCUUCUCCCCCUCUUCAAGCUCUGUCAAGCUGGUUGUUGCCAUAGAUUUUCAAGCCGAUUUAAGUCAAAACUGUAACUAGGCCACUCAAGAACAUUCAAUGUCAUCUUCGUAAGCAAUUCCAGUGUAUAUUUGGCCUUGUGUUUUAGGUAAUUGUCCUUGUGAAAGGUGAAUUUGUCUCCCAGUGUCUCUUGAAAAGCAGACUGAACCAGGUGUUCCUCUAGGAUUUUGCAUGUGCUUAGGUCUAUUUCGUAAAUAUUUUUCCUAAAAAACUCCCUAGUCCUUGCCGAUGACAAGCAUACCCAUAGCAUGAUUCAGCCACCACCAUGCUUGAAAAUAUGAAGAGUGAUACUCAGUGAUGUGUUGUGUUAGAUUUGCCCCAAACAUAACACUUUGUAUUCAGGACAUGAAGUUAAUUUCUUUCCCACGUUUUUUGCAGUUUUACUUUAUUGCCUUAUUGCAACGGGAUGCGUGUUUUGGAAUAUGUGUAUUCUAUACGGGCUUCUUUCUUUUCACUCUGUCAUUUAGGUUAGUAUUGUGGAGUAACUACAAUGUUUUUGAUCCAUCCCCAGUUUUCAGCCCAAUCAUAGCCAUUAAACUCUAACUGUUUUAAAGUCCCCAUUGGCCUCAUGGUGAAAUCCCUGAGCGGUUUCCUUCUUCUCCAUCAACUGAGUUAGGAAGGAUGCCUGUAUCUUUGCAGUGACUCUGUAUAUUGAUACACCAUCUAAAGUGUAAUUAAUAACUUCUGUCUGCCUUUUAAUUUUUACCCAUCUACCAAUAGGUGCCCUUCUUUGCAAGAUAUUGGAAAACCUCAAUGGUCUUUCUGGUGGAAUCUGUGUUUGAAAUUCAUUGCUUGACUCAGGGACCUUACAUAUAAUUGUAUGUGUGGGGUACAGAGAUGUGGUAGUCAUUCAAAAAUAAUGUUAAACACACAGAGUGAGUCCAUGCAACUUAUUAUGUGACUUGUUAAGCAAAUUGUUACUACUGAACUUAUUUAGGCUUGCCAUAACAAAGGGUUUGAAUACUUAUUGACACAAGACAUUUCAGCUUUUCUUUUUUAAUGAAUUUGGAGAAAAAAAAUCAUAAAAUGUAAUUAAACUUUGACAUUAUGGGGUAUUGUGUGUAGGCCAGUGACACAAAAUUGCAAUUGAAUCCAUUUUAAAUAUAGUCUGUAACACAACAAAAUGUGGAAAAAGUCAAGUAGUGUGAAUACUGGCCUCCCGGGUGGCGCAGUGAUUAAGGGUGCUGUACUGCAGCGCCAGCUGUGCCAUCAGAGUGCCUGGGCAGGCUCUGUCGUAACCGGCCGUGACCGGGAGGUCCGUGGGGUGACGCACAAUUGGCCUAGCGUCGCCCGGGUUAGGGGAGGGCUUGGUUGGUAGGGGUGUCCUUGUCUCAUCGCGCACCAGCGACUCCUGUGGCGGGCUGGGCGCAGUGUGCGCUAACCAAGGUGGCCAGGUGCACGGUGUUUCCUCCGACACAUUGGUGCGGCUGGCUUCCGGGUUGGAUGCGAGCUGUGUUAAGAAGCAGUGCGGCUUGGUUGGGUUGUGUAUCGGAGGACGCAUGACUUUCAACCUUCGUCUCUCCCGAGCCCGUACGGGAGUUGUAGCGAUGAGACAAGAUAGUAGCUACUACAACAAUUGGAUACCACGAAAUUGGGGAGAAAAGGGGCUAAAAGAAAAUACUUGAAUACUUUCUGAAGGCACUGUACAUGUAAUGUUACUUCAUCUCACGAUGCCAGAGAUAGCUUCACUGGCUAGUAGUUUUCGGCAUUAGGUUAGUGAGGACAUUUGCGAUAAUGCUGUUUAAUAUUUUACCUUUUGUAACCCCUUAAAUUAGGCUUUACCAAUGCUCAACAUAAAUAUAAAUGCAACAUGUAAAGUGUUGAUCCCAUGUUUCAUGAGUGAAAUAAAAAACAAAAAUAUUAUUUAUCAAAAAUGUUGUGCACAAAUUUAUGUAUAUCCUUGUUAGUGAGUAUUUCUUCUUUGCCAAAAUUAUCCUUCCACCUGACAGGUGUUGCAUAUCAAGAUGCUGAUUAAACAGCAUGAGCAUUACACAGGUUCACCUUGUGCUGUGGACAAUAAAAGGAGACUCUAAAAUGUGCAGUUUUAUAACACAACACAAUGCCACAGAUGUCUCAAGUUUUGAGUGUGUAUUGGCAUACUGACAGCAGGAAUGUCCACCAAAGCUGUUGCCAGAGAAUGUAUUGUUAAUUUCUCUACCAUAAACUGCCUCCAAUGUCGUUUUAGAGAAUUUGGCAGUACGUCCAACCGGCCUCACAACCACAGAACAUGUGUAUGGCGUCAUAUGGGCGAGCGGUUUUCUGAUGUCAACGUUGUGAACAGAGUGCCCCAUGGUGGCGGUGGGGUUAUGGCACUGUAUGUGCAGGCAUAACAAAUGGACAACGGACACAACUGCAUUUUAUCGAUGGCAAUUUGAGGUAUCUGUGACCAGUCAUUUGAAAUCCAUAGAUUAGGGCAUAAUUUAUUUAUUUCAAUUGACUGAUUUCCUCAUAUGAACUGUAACUCAGUAAAAUCUUUGAAAUAGUUGCAUGUUGCGUUUAUAUUUUUGUUCAUUAUAGUUUAUUUCUAUUUACUUCUGUUGCCCAAAAUGUAACUUACCUAUUUAUCUAUCCUCUAUGUUACGUUUAGGUUCUAUUGACAUAGUCUGUCUUAUCAAAUCAAAUCAAAUGUAUUUAUAUAGCCCUUCAUACAUCAGCUGAUAUCUCAAAGUGCUGUACAGAAACCCAGACUAAAACCCCAAACAGCAAGCAAUGCAGGUUUAGAAGCACGGUGGCUAGGAAAAACUCCCUAGAAAGGCCAAAACCUAGGAAGAAACCUAGAGAGGAACCAGGCUAUGCGGGGUGGCCAGUCCUCUUCUGGCUGUGCCGGGUGGAGAUUAUAACAGAACAUGGCCAAGAUGUUCAAAUGUUCAUAAAUGACCAGCAUGGUCCAAUAAUAAUAAGGCAGAACAGUUGAAAUUGAAGCAGCAGCACGGCCAGGUGGACUGGGGACAGCAAGGAGUCAUCAUGUCAGGUAGUCCUGAGGCAUGGUCCUAGGGCUCAGGUCCUCCGAGAGAGAGAAAGAAAGAGAGAAAGAGAGAAUUAGAGAGAGCACACUUAAAUUCACACAGGACACCGAAUAGGACAGGAGAAGUACUCCAGAUAUAACAAACUGACCCUAGCCCCCCGACACAUAAACUACUGCAGCAUAAAUACUGGAGGCUGAAAUUAUCAAUUUAUUUCUCAUUAGCUGAAGGAGAUGAUGCUUUAUUUGAUUGUAUAUUAUGUGUAUUAUGGCACAUGUAAAUACAAUUUAUUUAGCUCUUAUGGGGAAAAAAAUUGCACUUAUGAAUUGAAAAAGGACAUUGCUAAUGACCGAUAUGUUGACAGACAGACAGAGACAGAUAGACACAAAAUGAAGGUGCCUCGUUGAAUAAAACAUGAGGGGGUGGUAUACACUCAGAGGCCAGUUUAUUUGGUUUGCCGUUCACGAAAAUGGUUCACUCCUACAGACAGUGAGUCACGUGGUCGUGGCUUGCUAUAUAAAGCAGGCAGACGGGCAUUGAGGCAUUCAGUUACUGUUUGAUUGAACAAAAAUAGUGACCUAAGCAACUUUGAGCAUGAUUUGAUCGUCGGUGCCAGGCGCACCAGUUUCAGUAUCUCAGAAACGGGCUUUUCACGCACAACAGUGUCUAGGGUUUACCGAGAAUGUUGCGACAAACAAAAAAUAUCCAGUCAGCAACAGUCCUGUGGGCAAAAACAGCUUUAUGAUGAGAGAGGUCAAAGGAAAAUGAAAAGAAUCUUGCAAGCUAACAGGCGGGGCAUAAACAGGCAAAUAAUGGCACAGUAUAACAGUGGUGUGUGUUCAAUCUAAUACUUACAACUCGUAUUAAGUUAAGAUAUUAUACUGAAUGAAAUUAACCAGACUCAGAGGUAAACUUCAUGUCUUUACUCCAUCACUAUCUGUGUAAUCCCCACAUUACUUUACUGACGUGGUGACGUCCUAUCUCAGUAUGUCAUGUCAAUACACAACAUCCCUCCUUUACAUGGAUAUGAACGUCAAUGUCACCCUGACAUACACAACAGCACUUACUCUUUACCCGUAUAGCAACCUUUAUCUUAUCAAUAAACAACUGAAAUCUG